AUGGACUGGAAGACGCUGCAGGCCCUCCUGAGCGGCGUGAACAAGUACUCCACGGCAUUUGGGCGCAUCUGGCUGUCGGUGGUGUUCGUCUUCCGCGUGCUGGUGUACGUCGUGGCCGCGGAGCGCGUGUGGGGGGACGAGCAGAAGGACUUCGACUGCAACACCAAGCAGCCCGGCUGCACCAACGUCUGCUACGACAACUUCUUCCCCAUUUCCAACAUCCGCCUCUGGGCCCUGCAGCUCAUCUUCGUCACGUGCCCCUCGCUGCUGGUCAUCCUGCACGUGGCCUACCGGGAGGAGCGCGAGCGCCGGCACCGCCAGAAGCACGGGGACCAGUGCGCCAAGCUGUACGCCAACGCGGGCAAGAAGCACGGCGGCCUGUGGUGGACCUACUUGUUCAGCCUCAUCUUCAAGCUCCUCAUCGAAUUCCUCUUCCUCUACGUGCUGCACACGCUCUGGCACGGCUUUGGCAUGCCACGCCUGGUGCAGUGUGCCAACGUGGCGCCCUGCCCCAACGUCGUGGACUGCUACAUCGCGCGGCCCACCGAGAAGAAGGUCUUCACCUACUUCAUGGUGGGUGCCUCUGCCGUCUGCAUCGUGCUCACCAUCUGCGAGAUCUGCUACCUCAUCUUCCACAGGGUCCUGCGAGGCAUAGCCAGGAACAAGCCCCCGAAGGGCCACAGCCUCCCAUCCUCCACCAGCCGGGCCUCCACCUGCCGCUGCCACCACAAGCUGGUGGAGGCUGGGGAGCUGGGCUCCGACUCUGGCGACGACAAGAGACACGCGUCUGCACCCAGCAUGACCCCCAUCUGACCACAGGCUGGGGAGCGACGCUGGAGCUGCCAGUGGGGACAGAUGGGCAGUACUGCACGGGGGGAGGGGUCCUACAGGUGCUGGGUGCCCCCACUUUGAAUUUGCUACUGUAUCCCGUUUCAUUUUUGGCAGAUUUUUUGAGCACUGGGCACUGUGCUGUCUACCCAGGUGUAAUAUAAGUCACACCCCCAGAACUAGCGCCAGCCCUUGGGGGAGACAGACGUCGAAACAAACAAAUCAACGACUGAGUGCGAGGGGACCCCCAGGAGGCUCCCAGCAGAGCUUCCGCCUAACCCAGGAGGGAGUGAUCAGGAGAGACUACCCUGAGUACAAAAUGUUUGAGAGAGGUGAGAAGGGCUUCCUAGACAAGAAAGCGGCAG